AGAGAGAUCCCGCCUGAACUUCCUCUGACUGACGUCAGCCUCGCCGCUCCGGACCCCGCGCUGAGAAAAAUGCUGCUCUCCGUAGCGCCAAGGACGGGAAUCAACCCCUACAACGGAUACAACAGCAGAAACAGCAAAAAGCAAGCCUAUGUGUCCUCCAUCCACCAGAUGGCACUGCCCAGUCCCAACACCAACAGCAGCAGCGCGAGUAGUGCGGGAGGCGGGGAACCGCUGAGCAAAACCAACCUUUACAUUCGUGGACUCCAUCCCGGGACCACUGACCAAGACCUGGUCAAGCUCUGCCAACCGUAUGGAAAGAUUGUGUCCACCAAGGCUAUUCUGGACAAAACUACCAACAAGUGCAAAGGCUAUGGCUUUGUGGAUUUUGACAGUCCUGCAGCAGCACAGAAGGCUGUGACGAUGCUCAAGGCCAGCGGGGUUCAAGCUCAGAUGGCCAAGCAACAGGAACAGGACCCUACCAACCUGUACAUCUCUAACCUGCCCGUGUCCAUGGACGAGCAGGAGCUGGAGGCCAUGCUCAAGUCCUUCGGCCAGGUGAUUUCCACACGGAUCUUACGGGACGCCAACGGAACCAGCAGAGGCGUAGGAUUUGCAAGGAUGGAAUCCACAGAGAAAUGUGAAGCCAUCAUUCAGCAUUUUAAUGGAAAGUAUAUCAAAACCCCACCUGGAGUGCCAGUACCUACAGAACCGUUGUUAUGCAAGUUUGCUGACGGAGGACAAAAGAAGCGACAGAACCAGGCAAAGUACCUACAGAACGGUCGAGCCUGGCCUAGAGAUGGGGAAAUGGGAGGAAUGACGCUCACGUACGACCCAACGGCCCUACAGAACGGGUUUUAUUCUUCUCCGUACAGCAUCGCUCCAAACCGAAUGAUCGCUCAGACCUCUCUGUCUCCAUACAUGCCCUCACAAGUACCAUCCUACCAGGUGCACAGCCCGUCCUGGAUGCAUCAUCAGUCGUACCUCAUGCAGCCCACCGGGGCCGUUCUGACUCCAGCUAUGGAUCACACGAUGUCCAUUCAGCCCACGUCUAUGAUCGGACCCCUGACCCAGCAGCUCAGUCACCUGUCGCUCGGCAGCGCUGGCACGUAUAUACCUAACGCAGCUAUGCAAGGAGCGUAUAUCCCUCAGUACACCCCAGUGCCUCCCUCUAGUGUUACAUUAGAGGAAAACAGUGGACAGCAGCAGGUUUCCAUGGAGACGCCUUCAGAGCACACUAAUUAUUCCUAUCAACACAGCAAAUGAAGCUACGGUCCUCUGCUCCGCGCUGUGGACAGUGGGAAUCUCUGCGAGAGACAAAGAGGGGAUCCGGAUCACAAAAGGAGCGUGUAUCUUUUGUAGGACGGAGACAAAAAGGACAUCAGUCAUGUUUUGUUCAACUCCUCUCUCUUCAGGAGUCACUCAGCCAAUGGAGCUAUCAAUCUAUUUUGAUAACAAAACAGAAAAAAAAGUGUAAAAAACAAUGCUGAUUUAGAAAAGGGUAAGGCAAACACAAUGUGUUCUUUUAUGCACGUAAUGGCAAAUUCUUAUUUUUAAGAACUAAUUCUUUAAUAUGGAAAAGUUAAAAAUGAGUCUUUUGUUUGUGAAAUAUGCAACUUUUUUUUAAAGAUUUUAAGACUUUUUUUUUCUUCAGUCAGCAGCAGUAGGAUAUUUUUGUA